UAUCGAUGUACGGAAUCUGAACGAUGCUUUGAUCCCGAAAGUUGUGGAAGCUGCCAAUCAGCACUGCGUUCGGCAGACAAGAUAUGCCAUUAAAGAGCAUUUAACAGAGAAAAAAGCUAAAGCCUCCCUCUAUAAGUCGAUUGGUGAUGAGCUGUACACUGCCGAUGAAGUGAAAGAAGUUAAGAAAGUAUGUGUAUGUGAUUUUACGGUUUUGUCGAGGUGCUAUGUAAGUGAUUUUGUCGAUAUUUUGGAUUAUUAC